GCAAUGGGUGAUAUGGCAAUGGCAAGGGCGCACGGCCUCCAGACCCAAUCAGACUCACUGCGAUCCUUGAGCGGGGAAUGCCCGAGAUCGGACUACUCGGUCAUGGCCCACGGCUAUUGGAAGGAAACAACAUGGCCGACCGCAAAAGGAAUCGCACACCCGUUGACGUCGCGGUCCAGGAAGGUUAUGGGGAUCCCUGGAACCAGCGAGCCAGUAUGGUUGGGGAACCUCGAAGGUGACGGUGAGGGAGGACCUCAAGAUGAUUGCUUGGUCUACAAGUACUGUGGUUUGAGUCAUUUUCCUUUGCAUCUCCCUGCAUAUUUGCGGUCUGAAUCGUCCGGUUUGUGAGUGUCUAUAUCCUUGUGCCACGUCCCACACUAUCCGCCACAGCAUCUCAGGACCUAGCCCUUCAUUCUUUUGGAGUCGCCCUCCGAUUUGACUCUAGUCACUCCUUUUCAGGGGAAAUGAUAACCAGUUUUCCAAGACCUUUUCUUCCAACAUAUACAGGAUGACUGGAGAACUUCACCAUGACACCGUUCAAGGUGACCAUGCCAGUCUUGAGAUUCAUCCUAUCUCAUCACAAUCAGACCACCCUACUUCCCUGGAUCUCGAGAGGACACCGACCAUCAGCAUAAGAGACCACCGUACAGAUGAUAAACCCGAUCUGGUACGCAUACGGUCGGCCAUCUCGGCGCACGACAUCCAGGGUGUUCCCAGUCAUGACAGUUCCUUCGUCGAGGUCAAUGCCGCCCAAUAUGAGCGUUUCAGCGAGCGUCGGAAGCUCGUCAUCACCUGCGUCCUCUCGCUGUGUGGCUUCCUGGCCCCUAUUUCGUCAACCACCAUCCUUUCUGCCAUUCCCGAGGUAGCAGCCACUUACAACACCGACGGCACCAUUAUCAACCUGUCCAAUGCGCUAUAUCUCAUCUUCAUGGGCCUGUCACCUUCCCUUUGGGGUCCGAUCUCCAACAUCUAUGGCCGCCGAUGGGUGUGCAUUAUUACCGCCAUCCUGUUCUUUGCAUUCAGUGUCGGCACCGCGCUCGCGCCGAACUUGGCAUCCUAUUUCAUCUUCCGAAUGCUCACCGCGUAUCAAGGUACCUCAUUUCUUAUCGUCGGAAACUCCUGUUUGGGAGACAUCUACACGCCGACAGCGCGAGCCACCGCCCUCGGCUGGUUUCUCUCAGGGACACUGAUUGGUCCUGCGUUUGGGCCUUUCAUUGGAGGCAUAAUCGUUACGUUCCGGUCCUGGCGUGACAUCUUCUGGUUGCAGUCUGCACUCGGUGGUCUCGCUGCCGUCCUGGUGAUUUUGUUUCUCCCUGAGACGAUCCCGGAAAAGAAGAUUCAUGACCUGCGCGAAUAUUCUCGACCAGAGCGAACGGUGCGCAUCCUUCACUGUGUGUCUCCUUUUCGUACCGCCAUAUUACUCUUCUCAUACCCGAACCUUAUCAUCGCCGGCCUCGCGUCGAGUGCUCUUGUCUGGAACAUGUACGGGUUGCUGACGCCGAUCCGCUACGUCCUCAACCCCCGUUUCCACCUGACAUCUCCGAUCCAAUCCGGGCUUUUCUACAUUGCACCUGGUUGCGGAUAUCUCUUGGGCACGUUCUUUGGUGGCCGUUGGGCUGAUCACAUUGUCAAGAAGUGGAUUCGGAAGAAAAAUCGGCGUGUGGCCGAGGAUCGUUUGAGGUCGUGCUAUGGUUUCAUUGGCGGCGUCGUGCCCGCUUGUAUGCUCAUAUACGGCUGGUCAGUGGAGAAAGCGGUGGGUGGUGUCCCUCUACCUGUGGCCGCAAUGUUCGUGCAGGGGGUCGCCCAACUCUUCUGCUUCCCCAGCCUCAAUACGUAUUGUCUCGACGUCAUGCAGUCCAAGGGACGAUCCGCAGAAGUUGUGGCGGGGAACUAUAUGAUCCGGUAUGCAUUCGCUGCAGCAGGGUCUGCCGUGUGUCUGCCUGCAAUUGAGGCAAUCGGGGUCGGGUGGUUUAGCACAAUCUCUUCCGUGUUUCUGGUGAUUAGCGCAGUCGGUGUGUGGGCCACGACUGUUUGGGGAGAAAGCUGGAGACAUGCCGUUGACGACAGGAAGAAAAAGAAGAGGAAGCAGAGGGAGGAAGAGAAGGCGAAGGAGAAAGGUGGGAAAGAGGGCGUAUAACAGGGGUUCGAGGCGACCGAACAUGGAAGGCGUCCAGAGGAGAAGAUGAUUUCGAAUCAUUUAGCACGAGCGCUUUGAUUGCCCCUGGGUAUGGUCGACGGCGUUGAUUUUGCGGGGCGAGGAGUUGGAUGUCAAAUCAUGACGCGACGAAUUUGCUAGAAUUCACCUAACGGAAAGGUGUGGAACGUACAAAAGGCUAUACCACGGGUUUGGGCGACAGCAGGGGUGGCGUUCAUGGUGUCUUUGGACAAGCUCGUUGAUGGUAACUCGACCGAGGUGCUUACAGGGCUGUUGUUUCCAAGUAAAGGGUUGGAAGGCUGGCACGAAACAUAGAACAUGGUCGGAUUGCCCGGGUAUAGAACUAUAGAGCGAGGAGCAGUCACAAAUACCAAAAGCAUGUAGAAACAGCGUCGGCAAGGGUG